AUAUAUAUGUACACACGUAUCAUAAGGUAGCUCAUAUACGCUAUCUCGUUUACGUUGGCAAAUUCUUAAAUACGAAAGAGAAAGGAACCGAGAGUGAGAAAAUGAGAGAGCGAAGGAGCAAAUAUUUGUCCAAUUAGGGAAACAAUAACGCUAUUGAUUGUCGGUCAGAGAGUAUAUGUAAAAGAAAAAAAGAAAGAGAGAGAGAGAGAGAAAGAGAUGCGGGAAAUGAAUCAACGUCGUUAACCUAGGAAUGCGCUCACGUGGUAUUAAGAUUUUCACUGACGACUUACAGAGCUUUUCUAAUUAUAUCACGAUAAUGAGAUACGCUUGUUACAAGGCAUGCGAUAUAAUUAGCUGCUACGUAAAAGAAAGUUUUAUAUUUAUAUUUUUUUUUGCGAAAAAUGCAGAGUUUUAAAUAUGAAAAGAAGAGGAGAAAGAGAAGGAAAAGAAGGUAGGAGGAUCGCAAGAAAAAGAAGUUGGCGUAUAUAAAAUAGAGAUUUCUUCUUCGAUAUAUCGUUAAGCUUCUUCCCAUUACUUCGAGGAAUAUAGACGUUUUGCGUCAAAUUCUUCCGUCGUCCAUCGCUACGUGACUGACGUUUUAAGCUUUUCCCAUGUAACAUUAUAUGUGCCGAUAGCGAAAAUAGAACGGGAUGGCAUUACGGCGAACGGAACUCUCGUAUCAUUUUUCACAUCGAUAUCUCGCGGAUAGUUCGACGCGCCUGGCGACCACCUCAACUUUGAAAGGGCUCGAAGUAGGGCCUCUGAAAAUUGCAAAGGCAAUACCGGCCAACGCGCGUACGCGUGAAAACACAUCCAUCAUUCCCUAAUAUUCUUUGGACUUUAGAAAAAUAUCGAAGGUUUAGAAAUUUUCUGAUGGCGCGAACGAUCUCAUUGGCAACGAUGAUUUUUAUUCGUUGUAAAUAUUUUUCCUUUUCUUUUUUCUUGUUUUUAAAGCCUUAAAAUUACCUUUAAGAGUGCCCUUGGUUUUAAGAAACUUUGUGAACCUCUUGUUCAUGAUCCUCGGUCGAAAAUAUUUUUUUUUUGUCCUCAUAAGAAUGUCGAUCGAGAAGAGCCCUUAAUAAAAACUUUGUUACUUUCUUAAUGAGUUUUAAGUUUUUUAUAAUUAAUCAUGCGAAACUUAUAUUCCAUGAUCGAGUCAAUCCCUACUAGCGUAAUUCAUGAAUUUAAUAAAAACCAUCCGUUAUCAUUAAAGAAAGGAGGGUACACAUUGAAACGGUAAUUAAAUUCACCAGGUCUUGACAUUAAAUCUGGUUCAUUUUUUUGUCUUCAUCGUCAUUGUUCGACAUAUGUACAUUAUAAUGUAAAAAGGUGAAUUUAAAAAGAAAAAGAAUACUUUUUGCAAUGGGUGUAUCAUCCUAUCGAUUAACUUUUAACGAAGUUUUACUUUUUUAAAAGUUAUCACGUUGGGGAUAUAUAAUAUAUAAUAACAAAAAAAGAAAAUAAAAUAGUUUUUCGUUGGAUGAACAACUUCGAGUUUAGUUAGAUUCGUAUAGUCGAUAAUGCUCACAAAGGAUAAUACGAUGCAAGAGACGCGUGUGAUUUGGCCUCUUUCACGCGUGCGCGUUUCUUUCUCUGUUUUUCUCUUUCCACUUCUCUUUUUCUCGGUCUCUCUCUUUCUCUCCCUCCCUCACUCACUCAUUCUCUCUCUUUCUCUUUCUCUCAUUCUCUCUACCUUUUUUCGUCUCAUUGUCGUUGGUUGGAAAAGAAUUGCGGGCCACGGGUCAACGAGGGUGGCACCAUUUCUAUUCAUCCCGAAAAAUAAAGGCGGAUCCGAUCGAGGAUUCCAAUGGCCAUGAAUAUUUUAUCUGCAUAAUAUCCCGCGUCUCCACUCUGACCCUCCCACUCUUUCUUCUUCUCUUUAUUCCGUUAGUAGUAUCGCAUAGAUGAUCCGGCAAAAGUUCCCGCGAGAUUCGAAACUCUUAUUGUAUUUGAGAUAUAUAAUGUGGACACAUUCCUAGGGUUUUAUUUUUCUCCUUUUCCACGAAAGUGAGAUAUCCUGAUCUCGCUGUCUUUAUUUAUCCACAAGAUUACAGAAAAUAAGCUAUUCCCAUAUGUAAUCAUUUCGAUAUUGUACAAUCAUCUUCGAAUAUACAAAUAUUCUGGCUCAAUUUGAGAAAGAGGAAAAAGCGUAAACUAAAGGUAAAUUGGCUUUCGCAGCGUGUCCAACUAAAAAAGUGAAAUGAGUAUGAUUUUCUUUAGGAACGUCUUUCAUUCAUAUUUGGCUCAUCUCCAAUGAAAAUAACAGGCAUGUGUUAUUGGCCGGGGGCAUACACUACACGGUUUCCGUCCACAAAGCUCCCCUUGCAACGUGAGUCGAUCCUUUCGGUUUCCACGCGCGUGCAGGAUCGCACAAAAAACUCACGAUAAGAUGACACCGUACCAUAAGAUGGUGUAUGAGUAUAUGUACACGUACACGUGCACGUGUACAUGCACUCGAUGAGUGUCUCGAGUGGGUUACAUAGGGAGGGAGAGGGGAGAAAGAGAGAGCAGUAGCUCGCCGUACUAAUAGCGUGCCUCCUUUUGCACGCAUAGUGCGUUAGAGUCCGUUAGACUGUUUUGUAACGCGUGCGGCCCCUACACGCUCGAACCCACGUCUUCUUUUUCGUGUCCUCUAAUUCCUCUUUCUCCUCCUUCUCUUGCUUCUCCUUCCUCCUUACUACCACCUCUUUUUCCUCCUCUUCCUCCAUCUUCUCAUCUUCUUCUUGUUCUUCGCGAUCUUCGCCACAGACGACGAAACGACAUCCUCCUGACUCUUCGUCUUCGUCGUUUUGUCUUAGUUUAUUGUUAGAGAGACGCGUAGAUCCAUCACGAACGACCGGCGGAUCUUAGUACGACGUCCUCCUCCUGCCUUUGGUUUUCGAUAUACUUCUUCGGCGUUCCGAAACUUCUAAGAGUGUCUUCUCUAUCAAGGGAUCAGUGAUUUUCACAGAGUUUCUAUGUACAGUGAUAAGAGCACGUGAGUCUUCUGUGAAUUACGUGCGAAGUGAACCGUAACGCAGUCGACAGGAUUAUUUUGGAGAAUGGAACGAAAAUCGAAAAUAGAUUGGAGUAUCUUCGUCGAGACGAAAACAAUGGGGAUAUUCACGGUGACAAUAUUAUUGUAUCUAAUUCGUGUACUGUAGUGUGUUUUUGUACGAUCGGAAACAUUGAGAGAACACCCAGGAUUGUUUACAAGACAAGAUUGUUUACCUAUAAAAGCUUUGUAGUAGCUUUGUUGCUGGGUUACAAGGACUGUUCCGUUCAGACUUUCUACGAACGCGCACGAAGAUACAUAUCCAUGGAGAUUCAACGACGAUGCUUUUGAAAUACGCAUAAAGUUAAAAAUGUUAACAAGUUUUGCGAUGGAUCGAAAGAACGAGGAAAAGGGAAGACGAAAUUACGUUCACGAAUGUAGCGUCUUCGAAGCACGUGCUUCGAUGUUAUUACACAAUUUCGCGUUUCUCGUGCGAGGAUAGAAGAGGAGAAGAAAAAGAAGGGGUAGAAGGUAUUACCGUGGGACAUUAUCGAAGUUCCUUUUAAACGAGUCGUGUGCGUAAACGUGCGUGCGUGUAUGUACAAGGCUGGAACGAAAAGUAUGCGGCACCGUGCAAGAUGAAGGGGCCAAGAAUCAGUGGCCUACCGAGUGAGAAAAAGUUGGACUCUUGCCAAAAGGCACGUCAGGAGUGUUGGCGAGUGUUGCUUACGUACUUGAGCUUCUGUGCGUUGCUGCCCGGCACCAUUCUUUCAGAACCUGCUCAUAUACGCGAAGUGUCCAAAGGAAAUUCUCGUCGGAACGUCAACGAUGCUACUAACGAUUCCGUCGGCACGGAUUUGCCCAUUUUCGAGCCGACUGCUCCAAAUGUUACGGGUUUCGUUGGGCAAACGGUGUAUCUACCAUGUCGAGUGCGAAAAUUGGCCGACAAAGUGGUAUCUUGGAUGAGGAUCAGGGAUCUUCAUAUACUUACGGCAGGCACGGUGGCCUUCAGUAGCGAUGCUAGAUUCCAUCCCCAACAUACUCCUGGAAGUGACGCUUGGACCCUUAGACUAGAUAAUGUUAAAAAAACGGAUUCGGGCAUAUACGAAUGUCAAGUAAAUACAGAGCCGAAAAUUAUGUACGCCGUUCGAUUAUCUGUCAGAGAGCCCGAUAAACCAGAGGGUUACGACGAACCGCAUUCUCAACAAACACGCAUAAGUUACGAAAGUACGGCACCCGUGGCGGCCAUAAUGGGUCCUCGGGAGCAAAGGGUGCCAUCGGGGUCGACGAUCACCCUAAGAUGCGUCAUAUCGUCUCCAUAUCAGACUCGUCCCAUCAGGGGUGUACAAUGGCUUCAGGAUAACAAACUCCUAACAUUCCAGGCAGCUCGUGGUGGUAUAAACGUGGAAACGGAAAAAGGCGCAGCACAAACGGUUUCCGAAUUGACUUUGGCUGCUGUCACGGAAGAUGACACAGGAAAAUAUUCAUGCAGACCAGCGGAAGGACGAUUAGAUACUGUGAUGCUGAUCGUCGAACCAGGAGAACGUACGGAAGCCAUGCAACGUGACGCCGGAUACAUCUCUUCUGGAAAUGACGUCAACCACUGGUCCGGGCUUUUAUUUCCGUUAUCAUGGUUUUUAAUAUUAGCGUGAAUGAAACAGCCGAUUUUUUAUCGCAAUAGUCCGAAACUCAAAGUAUUCUCUAUUCAUAAUAUCUCUUUCUAUUACUUUAAAAAUUUUUUAUAUUUUCACGUAAGUAGUACCUAAAAAACAAAAAGACUAAGAAAGCUUACAUCUUAUGAGAAAGGGAGAGUAGAGGUGCGUUUUGAUAAGUUUCAUAAGAUUAUUGCUUCUUUUUUUCUUUUUUCUUUUUUUUUGUGAGAAACGCAAAGAAAAUGAGAGCGUCUUGUCGUUCGCGUUUAAGUUAGUAAUUUAUACACGAUCCUUUUUCUUUACAGCGAAGCAUACACUUUCUGUGCUAACUUAUUACCUAUGAAGGUAAUAUCAUUUUUUUCUUUGCACAUUUUACGACGUUAAACACAUGGAAACAUGCGAGAAAAUAUUUAGAUAUGCACAUGCACACGUAUAUUAUUCCACCAUUUAACUUCUCGUUCGUUUCUCGUUAAUCGGACCUACUUUAAUUAUUUCCGCUUAGAUAAGUAUUAUCUUUAAUUUAAUUAGCCAUUUAAGAGUCUACUUUUUAAAGUUCGAAAGAAACUUCGAUCGAUCAAUGAUCGAAAACUCAGGCAUUUCAUUGAAGAAAUAGAGUACGGAUUUUUUUUUCUUUUCUUUUUUCUUUUUUUUCUUUUUUUUUUUUCUUAUAAGGACGACGACGAUAAAAUGUUGAAGCGAUGGAGGGGUGGAGGUAGAGAGGGCUACGCUUGACUCGCAUUAAAUCUUUUUCAUCGUUAACUUAUUUUUUUCGCAAAUAAUUUAGAAAGCGAGCGAGUCACGAUACUUCAUUUCGUUCACGACGUGCGAAGCCAUUCGUGUCCUUUGGCCGUUCUUCUUUCUCUUUUUCGCUCUCUUGUGAACACGCGAUGGCAUCUCUUUAAAUGACGCUUUUAGGACCAGUAAGAUUAAAGUGAGCAAGAUGCGUCAAAGGACGCGGAAAUAAUUUGAUAUCGUGUAUCGUAGCCCGGUUCAUCCUUCAGAUACAUUCUUUCUUUUUUUUUUCCUUUUUUGAUUUCCUCUUUUUGUAGGACAUGCAUACUUUUUGAUUCAGACCAGAAAUUCUGAAUAUAGUGGAAAUGUUUUUUACGAAAAGUGCAAGGUGGACGCCUCGUUUCAACGUUUCAUCACCGAGAAAGAAAUCUAGAAGUUGAUCUCACACGCUUUACAUAAAUCUGUCUCGUCGCAGGGUAAAUUUUAGUCGAUUUGAGUAAGACCAGUUAGCUGUUAUAUAUUUUUCUUUUCUUUUCUUUUCUUUUCUUUUCUUUUCUUUUCUUUUCUAUUCUUUUCUUUUCUAUUCUUUACUUUUCUUCUCUCUCUCUCUCUCUCUCUCUCUCUCUCUCUCUCUCUCUCUCUCUCUCUCUCUCUCUGUCUUUUUUUCUUUUUUUUAUAGAAAUAAAUUAUCGACAAACGCACAUAUGUAUCAGGGUCAUAGUAUUUUAAGGAUUCUUUCUGUUUUUUAUUAUUUUUUAUCAAUUUUUAAAUCGCGAACGAUUACUUUAAUAUUAUGUAUUAAAACGAUUAGAUCGCAUCGAAAGUAUCGUACGAAAUGGCAUAGUAAAUAUGAAGACAUUUUA